AUGGGCCAGGGCGGGCUCCCGGCCCGCUGCCUCCUGCUGCUGCUGCUGGGGGAGUCGGGGGGCCUGGGGAGCCGAGGGCCGCCGCCGCGGGGGGCCUGGGAAGAGGAGCAGGGCCCCGUGGCGGAGGGGGGACCGUGGGGCAGGACGAGGUACGAAGCUGCGAAGCAGCACUUGGGAGCCGUGGGUGCUCUCUCCAAGCAGUAUUGGCAGUACCUGGCGUGCAAGGUGUGGCAGGAGGGCUGCGAAGAGGAGGAGGAGUCCGGUGCCAGUCCAGGCUGGAGCUUGCCUGUGGUGGGCCAGGAUUACCUGGAGAUCCUCUCUGCCUGGUACUGCAGCUUUGGCAAGUGCUGCAAGACAGGAGACUGCAGGAUAGUCAACAAUAUCACAGGGCUAGAAGCAGACCUCAAUGGGCAGCUCCAUGGGCAGCACUUGGCCAAAGAAGUCGUCAUCCGGGCAGUGCAAGGGUUCCUGCAGAGCCCACAGCCAGAGAAGGCUCUCGUCCUCUCCUUCCACGGCUGGUCCGGCACAGGCAAGAACUUUGUGGCUCGGAUGGUGGCCAGUCACCUGUACCGGGAUGGGCUGAAGAGCGAGUGUGUCAGGGUGUUCAUCUCGCUCUUCCACUUCCCCCAUCACAAGUACGUGGACUCAUACAAGGCUCAGCUGAAGAAGCAGAUAAGCGAGACUGUGCAGCUGUGUAAGCAGUCCCUGUUCAUCUUCGAUGAAGCAGAGAAACUUCAUUUCAGCCUCCUGGAUGCCAUCAAGCCCUUCAUGGCUCACCAUAACAACGAGGGCCAGGUGGAUCACCGGAAAUCCAUCUUCCUCUUCCUCAGCAAUCUCGGUGGCAACACCAUCAAUGAGGUAGCCCUGGACUUCUGGCGAGCUGGCCGGGUGCGGGAGGAGAUCUCCAUGGAGUUCCUGGAGCAGCGGCUGCGGCUAGAGCUGCAGGAGCCUGAAGAGAAUGGUUAUGCCCGCAGCCACCUCCUUGAAGAGAACCUCAUUGAUUUCUUCGUGCCGUUCCUGCCCCUGGAGUACCACCAUGUGAAGCUCUGUGCACGGGACGCUUUCCUGGCCCGUGGACUUCCGUACACCGAGGCAGCCCUUGAUGAGGUGGCUGGGAUGAUGGUGUUUGUCCCCACGGAAGAGAAGCUUUUCUCUGCACAGGGCUGCAAAUCUGUAUCCCAGCGCAUCAAUUACUUCCUUCCCUGAACACCAGAUGGGACUACACCACUGGUGAAGGUGGUUCUGCACACUAGGAGCUGCUCUCCUUGCACAAGGUCAGGCAAACAGAUUACCCAGCCAUGCACUUGCACAGAGACAGAAACUUAACCCCUUGUUACUCCGAGGGCUGUUUGCAGGGAAGGAGGCACACCCUCACUCCUGGGACACGGGGACAGCCUGUGCUUGGCUGCAUUUUGAAGUCUGUCCAGUGUUUUUUAAGUCCCUUCUUUUAGCAGGUAGUAGCCUGCAGUAGUGAUUUGUUUAUGCUGGCAGGUGCUUUGUUUGACGUGAGCAGGGAUGUCCAAGUCCUUGGUUUGUUAGUGUGUGAUGAAGGCCUUGGACAGACUGGUCCUGUUGAGACAGUCCAGCAGAAGCCACGUCUUCAUCCCUGUCCCCCAUUUUCUCUGUCACUUUAGAAGAUUGCACAGAACUGUUUUGCUGGAGCUGAGUUUUUUUUUCUCUAUUGCUCUCCUGCACUCACAAGGCGUCUGCUGCUCAGGGACGCGCAUGCCGGGAUCACAGUUUGUGCAGUGAGGCCCUUCCGUAGAGAAAACGACUGAAUAAUCUCCUCUGGAGAUGUCAAAUCCAUAGCCUCUCGCUUUGGAGUGUCCCUCUCUCGUUGGGAGUCUUUCGUUGUAUGGAAGCAGCUUCAGGGAUGAGGUGAACUUCUGCUGAAAUUUUUCUAAGCAGUUUGGUGAAGAGCCUGUUUGCUUCACUGCAAAAUGAAAAAGGGGAGACUAACUCCCUUUUCAAGGGUAAAGGGCGGUUGAGGAGCAUGGUGGCUGAAGGAACAGGCUGCAAUUGAAUUCGGGUUUUCAGGGAUGCAGUAAGCUUGUGUUUGUGGGUUUGUUUUUUUUUUUUCUUUUCAGUAUGUUGCACGCUGUGGUUUUUUGGCUGGUAUCAGCAUUACUACACUAAGGGGCUGUUUGCUGUCUGGGUACUUGCCAGGUGAUAAGUAUGUUACAGCAGGACCAAAAAAUUUCAACAGUGUUACGGGAGAAUCACUUUGACCUCUAGGUCAAAACUCCCCUCCAACACAGCUGGGCUGGGGCGAUGAGGUGAAACAGCACAUGCCAAGGACAAGGCUUAGCUCCCUGGACACCUCAUGUGCAGACCUUUGAUCUAUUUUAAGCUUUGAACCUUGUUGCGGUGCCAGUGAUGAGCAGCAUGACCUCUGGGAAAAGAUUGACCAGACAUGCUUACUAGUCCUGCAGACUUUUGAGUUUGUGUUUCCCUCUGGGCAUGCUGGCUCUGUUAUCUAACGAGGCUUCAUAGUCCAAGGCAGGAAGGCAAGCUAGCUGCUUUCUUACUGCUCAACUGAUGCAACGUUAAACUUACCUGUUGUCUCCAGAUUGGACCUUAAGGCCUGUGCCAGCAUGCACUGUUACGAGGUGUUUCUGAGGCUUGGUUAAUCUCUUAAUCGCAAGUGUCAAGCCUAAAGCUUCAGCCUGGGACAUGUCACAGGGAGAUGCUCCUGGGGAAGUCAGCUGGGGAAGGGAGGAUGCAGCCCCACAGGACUCAACUCAGGUUGUGUUUUAUAACCUGGGCAGAAAGUUAAGUUGUUAGUUAGUUGAAGGUUAGUUGCUUAGAAGAUUGUAUAAGCCAGGAUAAGGUAUGAUUUUUUUUUUUAAAUAGAAAAGAAUCUUCAGCUGUCCAGGUUAGAAUGAUGCUGCUUGGAGUGGAAGGGAGUCCCUUUGUCAGCCAUUUCACCAGUGCGGGGCUGGUAUGAAGUUGGCAUGUUAAGCUGUUCUUACUCUGUUACUGAUUAAGGAGAUGAUGGUGUUACUAAUGAGGGCAACUGUAAAACUGAUGAUGCAAGACCAUGCGCUCUGCCAGAUCACAUGCGUAUGUUUCAGAAUUAAGUGAGCAUUUGAUUAUGCAACCCCACUCCCUCUGACCACUCCAUGGCAACAUUAAGUUUGAUUUUAAAGGCAUAAAUAAAGAUACUGCUUUUUCUUUGCAA